AACAACGAAGCCGACGCAAAGCGAACAGCGAACGAGCAAAGCGUGUUUUUGUGUGUGUGUAUUUGUUGUUGUCGUUGUUUGUGCUCGUGCUUGGCGCACAGCCCACGCGCGUAUGUGUGUCGUAUAAAUUUUGUUAGCAUUUUUUUUUCGGUGUGUUGGUGUGUUGUAGCAACAUUUGCGGCCAGCAGCCGCAGCAGCAUCCGCAACAUGCAGUGGUGAAUUGGCCGAGACCAAAAAACGAAACGAAACGAAGCGAAGCGCAGAGCAGAAGCGAAUCGAAGCGCAAAGAAACUCAACACAACAGCAACAAAUCAUUUGGCUUGUUGUCGCCUCGCCUGCAGGAUACGCGACGAGGACGUGAACAAAACAGAACAACGCUGGCCGUUGACCGAGUUGCAUCGCAAAUCGCAUCGCGGUCUCUUAGCCCACAGCAGGCGCCAGAACAAGUGGCAGUUACAGCCAGCGAGAGUGUGUGUGUGUGUGAGAGAAAGAAAGAGCAUAGAAGAAUCCACAGCAGACAGUGAAACAGAAACCGAAUUUGUAAUCGGCAAUCGGAGCGGCAGCUGUUGCAUGCGGCCGCCGUGCCAGACUCAGUGACGCCGCCGCUCAGCGUCCAGCGUGCCGCGUGCUGCGUGUUGCGAGUUUUUGUUGUUUUUGUUUUGUGCUUGCUUCGUACGCGCAUUGAUCCUCGCGAGUGACAGAGACACAUAUAUAAAAGAGAGUGAGUGAGUGAGAGAGAGAAAAGAGGGGCGACAUUGCGGAAUUCAAAUCGCAAUUGGCCUAGGAAACAACUCAAGGAUGAGGCUGCCGCUGUUGCAGUUGCAACUGGGCGCGCUGCUUGCCGCAUGCUUGGCCAACGCCGCCGCCGGCAUCAACAUCAAUGCCAACGAUCCGUGCUAUUUUGAGGGGAAGCCGCGCAAGUGCCUGCCCAGCUUUGUGAAUGCCGCCUACGGCAAUCCGGUGCAGGCCUCCAGCGUCUGCGGCGCCCAGCAUCCGGAGCGCUUCUGUGAGCUGCAGCGCGAUGGCAGCGCCGGCGAGUGUCGGCUCUGCGAUAAGUCGGAGCAUGGUCGUUAUGGUGCUGCUGCGCUGACGGAUCUCAACAAUCCGAGCAAUGUGACCUGCUGGCGUUCCGGCAGCGUGAAUGUGCCCCACGAUCCAGAUACAGCGCCGCCGGACAAUGUCACCCUGACUCUGUCGCUGGGCAAGAAGUACGAGCUGACCUACAUAUCGCUUUCGUUCUGCCCCAAAUCACCCAGGCCGGACUCGCUGGCCAUCUAUAAGAGCUCGGACUUUGGCCAAACCUGGCAGCCCUUCCAGUUCUACAGUUCGCAGUGCCAGAAGUUUUACGGACGUGCCGAUCGCGCCAAGAUCAGCAAAUUUAAUGAGCAGGAGGCACGUUGCAUGAACUCGCAGCACGAUGGGGCAACUGGCGGCGCCGCACAGCGUUUCGCCUUCAACACGCUCGAGGGUCGUCCGUCGGCCAAUGAUCUGGACGCGUCGCUGGUGCUGCAGGAUUGGGUGACGGCAACCGAUAUACGUGUGGUGUUCCAUCGUCUGGAGCUGCCGCCGCAGCUGCUGCUCAGUCGGGCCAAGGUCAAGGGUAAUGCGAACAGCUUCAGCGAUGAGAUGACCGCCAGCCAGGAGGAGGAGGAACUGGAUGGACAUGAGCUGGACGAGCAGGACGAGUACGAUUACAAUUUGCAGGACAACGACAGCGCCGGCUACGACCAGGAGGAGUACGAGGAGCCCAAAAAGCAUCUCGAGCUCGAUGACGAACUGCAUCUGGACUAUGCCAACGAUGGCGAGAGCAAGCGCCAGUCCAAGCACAAGAGCAGCGCCUACGAGAAGCAUUUCCAAACCAAGCUCACGGUCAGCACCCCGCCCGCACCGCCGCUUCCGUCAGCCACGCCCAAAACAACACCGCCCACCAAAUCAGGCACAUCCUCGGACAACUCCGGCGCGGCCGCCGCCAUACAGCAACUGCUCUCCGUCUCGCAGCAUUACGCCGUCUCCGAUUUCGCUGUCGGCGGACGCUGCAAGUGCAAUGGCCACGCCUCCGAGUGCAUUGCGACCAGCCCCGGCCCCGGCUCAGUGCAUGCCGACGCGGACGAUGGCCAGGACGACGAUAUGCCCGCCUCGCUGCACAGCGUCCACUUUGGACGCACCACCUCCGCCCUGCAGCUGAGCGCCAAGCUGGCCAUGACCUGCGCCUGCAAGCACAACACCGCCGGACCCGAGUGCGAGCGCUGCAAACCCUUCUACUUCGAUCGACCCUGGGGACGUGCCACCGACAACGAUGCCAACGAAUGCAAAAUGUGCCAGUGCAAUGGACAUGCACGUCGCUGCCGAUUCAAUCUGGAGCUGUACAAGCUGUCGGGUCGGGUGUCCGGCGGCGUUUGCUACAAUUGUCAGCACGAUACAACCGGAAGGUAUUGCCACUAUUGCCGUGAGGGCUACUAUCGGGACGCCACCAAGCCGCCCAAUCAUCGUAAAGUCUGCAAACGCUGCGACUGCCAUCCCGUGGGCUCGACUGGCAAGACCUGCAAUCAUCUGAGUGGCCAGUGUCCCUGCAAGGAGGGCGUCACCGGCCUGACCUGCAAUCGCUGUGCUCGCGGCUAUCAGCAGACGCGCUCCCAUGUGGCGCCCUGCAUAAAAGUGCCCACAAAUGCGAAUAUGAUUCAAGCUGAAAGCGCCGGCGGCGGUGGAGCUGGCGACUACAAAGAUGGCGGAGGCUCCCAGGCUGAGGAAAUGAAAAAGUAUUGCGGCAAGUGUAAGGCCAGUCCCAAGAAGCUGAAUCUCAACAAGUUUUGCAUGGAGGACUACGCUCUUCUGGCCAAGGUAAUUGGCCAUGAUCGCGCCUCCCAGGAUAUAAGCACCGAAAAGUUUUCGAUAGAGCGACAGAACGAGAUAUACAAGUACGAGAUAAAUAUACAGACAAUUUUCAAGCGGAACCCGAUGUCGGGCACGACCAGCUCGCUGCUGGGACGUGGCAACAUGAUGCUGCUGGUGCCGCGCAAGAGUAUCGAGUGUCAGUGCCCCAAGAUCAAGCUGAACAAAUCGUAUCUUAUACUCGGACGCGACUCGGAGGCAGCGCCGGGCUAUCUGGCCAUUGGACCCAGUUCAGUUGUAUUGGAAUGGAAGGAUGAGUGGUCGUUGCGCAUGAAACGCUUCCAGCGGCGCGCCCGCAAAUGCAGUUGAAUCGAACCGGAAACGGAAUAUGUCAGAGCGGAUUUCAAUUUCAUACACUUGGCUAGGUAUCGGUUUUUGUAUAAAUUGUACAGUUUACUCAAGUUUCUGACCUUUUUCGGCAUCAUGCUUUAAUUAAUCCCCCCACACAAACACACACACCCACAUAUACUAAUACCUAUAUACACAACCCUAAGCGGAGUCUCCCCAUAAAAUAAUAUACUUAACUAUCUAAAAACAAAACGAAAAAUCAUCCGAAAUUCUCUAGUUAAGCUACUCAGCGGCAUUCUAGUCUACAAUACUCGAACACUGCACAACACGGGGCAAACCCAACAACAACAACAAGCCAAAUGCUAAUUACAAUUUAAAGUGUGAGCCUGCGAGUGUGUGUGUGUGUCCGUAACAGUUUUGAGGGUCAUAAAAAAACAGUUAUAAAUUUGAAACAAGUGCGAAAAGAGUUGCAUGUUGCAUGUUGAAUGUUGCGUGGAGCGUGUGUCGCGCAGUGGGGCGCAGCUUUGCAUAGAAUGGAAUAAUGGUGCAGGGUAGACAAACAGGCGUAGUCAACAACAACAACAACAACAACAAGAACAGGCCAACAAACAGCAGGCUUUCGCAUGGAACAGCAUGCAACAGGGGUAUUCAAGAUAUAUUUAACCUUAAAUGUUAACUUGUCUGUCACAUGAGUUAGGUCAAGAGUUAAUGCAUUGCAGUCACGCCUGCUGCCGCCCUCUUCGGCUGCUAUUUGUUUUACUCAUAUGCUGACUACCCCUAAUGCCCAGGCAAUAAUUUUUUUACUUUUUUGUACUCUGUUCUGCAUAUCGCAUUCAUCACAGAUUUUAGUUUUUGUCUCGAUUUGUAUUUUCAAUAUAUAACAUUUGCCGUUUGUGCUUUCACGUAUUUAUUUUUAUAGCUUACACUUUUUUCGCCUUUACGGUUUGCCUUCAACGGCAGUUUUAUUAUUAUUAUUGUUAUUUUUGUUUCGAUCUGUAUUUAUAAAAUGUAUGCAAACAGUUUUGCUGUUAAUUAUGCAGAUGUUUAUUUGCCAUUUGUUGGUUGAUUUUCACGCGCUUUUGCAUAACAAUUUGUUUGAGGCAGCGUACAAAUAAUAAUAAUAAUAAACAGACGAACAGCAGCAGCGACUGCAGCGGCAGCAGCAGCAGCAGUAAAAUUAAUUUAAAAUACAUUUAUUUGAAUUUAAUUUUCAAUCUGAAUUAUGCAUGCAAAUCAGUAAACGUGGUAUAACAAAAAAAACACGCCACAGCCAAAUUGAGUGUUUUUUCAGGGGCAGCAGC